UGUCUUCCGUUAGAUCCUCAGAGAAUGAUCACUCAACACAAUCUCCUCUCAUCCCAACUGUCAUCAGUGAAUGUGUGGGUGAAAGUGAUGAGAAUCUGGAGCGAGGCAACUGGUCCUCAAAGACUGACUACCUGCUCUCAGUGAUUGGCUGCGCUGUGGGUCUGGGCAAUGAUUGGAGAUUCCCUUACCUAGCGUACAGGAAUGGAGGAGGUGUGUUUCUUAUUCCUUACACACUCAUGCUGGCACUCACUGGGAUACCGAUGUUUUUCUUGGAAUCAUCCUUUGGGCAAUUUGCCAGCCUUGGACCUGUUGCAGUGUGGAAAGCUGUGCCAAUGCUACAAGGUCUGGGGAUAAGUAUGGUCUUUUCAUCAAUAUUUGGCACCAUUUCCUACAACUGCAUCAUUGGCUACAGCCUGUUCUACCUGUUUGCCUCCUUCCAGUCCCCUCUGCCGUGGGCAGACUGCUUCAGUUGGUGGGGUGCAGAUGAAACCUGCAGCAGAAUACCCAAAGAGCCGCUUUGCAAUUUCACUCUGGAUGGAAAAUACUUUGAAAUUGUUAAUACAACAUGGCUACAUUCAAACAAUGAAACUUGUUCAAAUGGAUCAGAAAUCCAUGUUCCUUACCAGAGCCCAUCUGAGCAGUACUGGGAUAAAGUGGUUUUACAACGUUCAAGUUCAAUGGAUGAGAUGGGGGAGGUGGUCUGUCAUUUAGUUCUCUACCUGCUUCUGGCUUGGGUGAUUGUUGGGGCCGCCCUAUCGAAAGGAAUCAAAUCUUCAGGAAAGGUGGUUUAUUUCACUGCGACAUUCCCGUAUGUGGUUCUGACCGUACUUCUGAUCCGAGGACUGACCCUGGAGGGAGCCGAUAAAGGGAUUGAAUUCUACAUUGGAAGCCAAUCAGACUUCUCAAAGCUGGCUGAUGCUGAGGUUUGGAAGGAUGCUGCCACACAAAUUUUUUUUUCUACUGCAGUGGCGGUCGGAGGUUUAACAGCACUUUCUUCCUACAACAAAUUCCACAACGACUGUUACACUGAUACCAUCAUUGUUUGUGUUGUGAAUUGUGCUACGAGUGUGUUUGCUGGAUUUUCCAUCUUCUCUGUCCUUGGUCACAUGGCUCAUGUACAAGACAAGCCUGUUUCAGAGGUUGCUCAGUCAGGUUUCGGUUUGGCUUUCAUUGCCUACCCAGAGGCUCUUGUGCAGUUGCCAUGGGCACCUCUAUGGUCCAUUUUAUUUUUCACCAUGCUGAUCACCCUGGGACUUGACACUCAGUUUGCAAAUAUAGAAACAGUUGUCACCAGUCUGCUGGACCAGAUCCCUAAAUUUCCACGGUCAAAACACCUUCUUCUGACAAUAUCCAUUUGCUUGUUAUUUUAUCUGCUUGGCUUUUUGUGUGUAACACAGACUGGGAUCUACUGGAUAAAUUUAAUUGAUCACUUCUGCGAUGGAUGGGGACUCAUUGUCGCAGCCCUGCUGGAACUCUUGAGUCUAAGCUGGAUCUAUGGGAUUAACAGAUUCAUCAAGGACAUUGAAAUGAUGAUUGGGGAAAAGAACUGGCUCUUCUGGUUGUGGUGGAGAAUGUGCUGGCUUUUAAUCACUCCAUCUGUGCUGGCUGCAAUGUUAAUCUGGUCAUUAGCAACAUUUGCCCCACCAACAUACGGAUCUAUUGAAUACCCUGUCUGGGCAACAGCACUUGGCUGGUGUUUGAUAAUCUUCUCCAAUAUGUGGAUACCCAUUGUGGCCAUUGUGAGAAUCACCCAGGCUGAGGGCUCCACCUUGUGCCAGAAGAUUUCUGCUGCUUGUAGAUCAGCUCCUGAUUGGGGUCCUUACCUGGAACAGCACAGAGGGGAAAGAUACUGAAGCUCUCAACAGGAGGAAAUCUGCCAAUUUGACUCCAAAUGAUCCAGAUGUAACUCCAGACCACAGUGAUGCAUCUGCCUCUAAACUGUCCUCUGAAAUGGCCUUGCAAGCCAUUCAGUUUAGGGGCACUUAUGGAUGGUAAUUAAUGUUGGAUUAUCCACCAUUCCCCACAUACCAUGGAUAAAUAAAAUCUAACCA